AUGGAAGAAUAGUCUGAAGAAUAGAAAGAUAAAGUUUUUGGAUUUCUAGCAAAACUUGACCAAGUAAGUGGGCUAGAGGACAGAGCUAAGCUCUUUUAGAAUCUAAAAAAGAUGUAUAAACUUUAAGAUGGUUUGAGUCUAAGCAAAUCUAAGGAGUUUGAACCUAAAAAAUACAUCAAAUUUAAAGAUGACUAUCAGUUAAUGGAAAAAACUGAAAGAGAAUUUUCAAGAAUUGAUAGAUAUGCUUAAGAUAAAUAUAAUCAUCCAAAGAAAAGUAAACAUGAGCGAAGAUAGUCACUUGUGAAUAAGAAAUCUAAUAAUAGUAGUGACUCUCAUUCAGAUGUCGAAGUCGGUAAAAAAAUAAAGAUUAGUAAGCCUCAACUCUCAAGCAAGGAUUAUUUGAAAUUAUUCAAUUAAAUGAAUCAAACUCAUGAUGGGGACAGAGAAAGAGCUGUUAGCAUUGUAGCAAAUCUUAGAAUGCCUAAAACCAAGGCUUUCAAAGAUAAUCCAUUAUUCAACAAGGACAUUAAGAAUGAAAAAAAUCUAAAUCUUCAUUUUCAAGAUCUUAUAGCCUUAUCAUAAGUUUAGUCUUAAGACCUAAACAUUCUUAAAGAUGCAAACCAGCACGAUGACGAAAUCUUUUCUUACAAUAUGAUAAAGGAAGUUCAAGAGUAAAUGAAUCUUGAGAAAAAGUUAACCAAUAUCAGGAAUAAGAAUAAAGAAUUAAAUAAAGUCCAUUUUAAUUAAUUCCUCAAGAAAAUCGGUUUUAAACCUACUGAAUCAAAUGCAGAUUUGAUUGAUGAAACAAGAAAUGAGAACUAGUUACAGUAUUAGUAAUAGCUAACAAAGUUUUAGAAACUACUAAAUCAGAUUAUUGAGUAAAGAAAGAGGAACUAAGAAGAGCUAGCAUUGUAAGCUUCUGGAAGAAUAGUUUAAUAUGAGGAUUAAUCAGCAAUAGAUUUUCAAGUUUUUCUCCCUAAAAAUGCUUCUAAUUUAACAAAAGAAGUAUAAAAGCUAAAGCCAAUUUAGAUUAGAAAACUAUUUAGUGAGAAAAUGAAAGAAUUAGAGAAAUGUAGGUAAAGUGGAAAUCUCAAUUAGUUUGACUCUGAUACUUUACAAAUCAAGCAAAAGAAAGCUGAUUCAUCAGAGUAUAGAUAAUAUGUAAAAGAAUAACUAAUAGAAGGAAAUUAAGUUCUCAUUGAUAAAAGUCUGGAAUAUUCUGUAAAAUUACCUGUUAUGUGGAAAGAAAAACUUAAUUAGAAGUAUAAAAUAAAGGAAAAUGAUAUUGAACCUUUCUUUCAUGAAAAAAAGGAUCUGCAGAAAAUUGAAGAGGAAAAAAUUGAUAGGAAAAGACAAACAGUUUUUGAUAUAAAUCUAAAAGAAUACAUAAAAUAGCGAUAAUCAAUAGCAAUUAAGAUAGAUUAACUCGAUCCUUAGAUGAAAAUAGUUUAAAGAAUAAGAAUGAGACAAAAUUUGAAACAUAAAAAGACCAAUAGUAACUCGCCAAUACCGACUGCUUUAUAAUAAAAAAACUACUACCUGGAUAGUUCAGUUUAGCAACUAAGAGAUUCAUCACUCAAUUCUUUAAAUACACCUAUAAGGCAUAAUCAAAGUAUGAGCCGAAUUUCUUAAAUUCAAUAAAGAUCAAUUAAACACAAUGAUUCUUCUAUUUUAAGCUACCUUACAAGCAGAGAGGAGAAUAGUGAUAGCAGAACUAGUUUAAAAAGUAAUCCAGUUUUUGAGAAGCACAAAGAUAAAACUUAUAAAAUAUACGACUCUUCAAGGCAUGUAUAUGAGAACUUUGAAUAAAUUGACUAAAUCCAAUGA